UUGUAACUAGGUGGCAUUACCCAUUCAUUUAUCAAAAAAUUGACGUUUUAUUUUUGCUUCCUUCCAUUUUGAGUCAUAAUUGGCUCUUUUCGUACAAAUAAAUAAAACCAUUUUUGUCGCUGUUAAAAAAUGGCAAACAAAGAAAACAAGCAGAAGUCCGGGAAACACUGUUCUCAGCGGGCGGAUCAAAUUCCUCUCAUCAUCCCUAACGACUCGGUGGUCACGACAUAUGCCAUAGGUCGUCUUAGUUCGGAACCCGUUCCGGUGAAGAUUGAGAUUAAGAAACUGGUAGGAAGUGGGGCCUUUGGACGGGUAUACCAAGCCAGGCUGGACAACUCUGAAGAGUUGGUGGCCGUGAAGCAGAUUAUUUACAAUCCGAAUUUCUGUCAGCGGGAAGCAGAGAUAAUGGGGCGGCUAACGGAGCACACCAACAUCAUUCGUCUCAUCAUGCACUCCUGCGUUACCUUGGGUAUUCCCCCAAUGAGCUACAUAAUGCUGGUUAUGGAAUACAUGCCGAUGAACCUACUGGACUACAUAAGCCAUCACCUCAAGCAGUUGGAACCCGCGGAUAUGCUCAUCUAUGUGCGCAUCCUCUCGUAUCAAAUUUUCAGGGGAUUGGGUUAUCUCCACACGUUGGGCAUCUGCCACCGGGACAUAAAGCCCGAGAAUCUGCUGAUGGACAACCAUAAGAUGGUGCUUAAGCUCAGUGACUUUGGCAGCGCCAAACUCCUGGUUCCCAAUGAGCCCAGCCUGAGUUACAUUUGCUCCAGGCUCUAUCGUGCUCCGGAGCUCUUUGCCAAAUGCGAACUCUAUGACUGCUCAGUUGACAUCUGGAGUGCUGGCUGCGUGCUAGCGGAGCUACUCAAAGGAUUUCCCCUGUUUGCGAGCCACAAGCAUGAUCGAAAGCAGCUAAGGUUCAUCGUCAAUCUUCUGGGAUCCGAGGGCUUGGAACGGGCCCCUGAAAUCCUCUCGAAAUGUGGGGAUUCCCUGCGUCCCAGGACCAGCCGCCCCAGCUGGGACCUGCUACUGAACGCGGCUGUGCCCCGAGACAUGUCGGAUCUGCUGAAUUCCUGUUUGGUGUACGAGUCGUCUGCUAGAAUACCGCCUAUGGUGGCGUUAGGUCACUGCUUCUACGAUGAACUGCGCAUUAUGGAGUCACUGGGGCUGCGCAUGCCCAAUAGCUACCCGCUGCCGCCUUUGUUCAACUUUACCAGCCAGGAGUUGGGUGCAGAUCCAAAGCUUUGGAUAAUGCUGUUACCCCUUCAUUUGUCUUAGGCGGAGGAAGAGUUGCCUGUCGUAGAAGCCUUUGAAGAUGAAGAUAGAAUAUAUCAGGUCCCGCAGAGCUAUAUAUAGCAGAGUUCAGGGGGGGAUGAACGGACAUGAAGAGAUUACUUCGGCUAGGGACCCUUAUCAAUACUUUCCAUUAUAUUUAAACGUUUGAUACUCUUGACGCUUUAAAUAAAACAAGGAAACUCCUCAGUUGAGUGCCCUGACUAUUAUA